AAAAGAAUCAGUGUCAAACAUAUAACAUGCUAGAAAAAUAAUAAUCACUGUACGUUUGUCGUGUGUUCUGAAGUCUGUCAAUCAUCAUUAGAGCGCCACCCUCAGGCUGAAUGACGUACGGACAUUAGAAUUCUGCCAAAAGUGUGUCUGAUGUGCGAUUAGAAGAAAAUAAACCUUACAAAAAUGGUUAUCUUAAGAAUCUGCCCUACCAACUGCAUAUUAUAUAUAUACUAUACCUUAGACAUCGUGUGUAACACUGAUGACACGCCAAGAGAGGCGUGCUUCAGAUCUGCUAUAAAACACUAGGAAGCGCCCUCAGUCCGUCAGAACACCUGAGAUCACAGGAGCCGCGCUGUCAGUCAAACCCUCACAAGAAAUACCGAGUCUGUCAGAGGAAGAUGCACUCUCAUCAGUUCAUGUUCAUGAUCAUUUCUGUGAUGUGGAUAGUGACAGUCACAGAUGCAAAUCCAUACAAACCAGACACAGACAUCCCUGCAGAGGACAUGACCAAAUACUACACCGCCCUGCGGCACUAUAUCAAGCUCAUCACACGACAAAGGUAUGGGAAAAGAAACAGUCCUGAACCCAUGUUCCUGAGUCUGUUGUUGAGAGAGACACCAGGAAGCAUUCCUGAGCUGACAUAUGAGGAAGCAGACACUGAACAUGACAGCAUCAGAUUCAAGGAAAUGCCAGUUUGGAGAUUUUUGUCACCCACCAAACGAUGUCAACGAUGACCAGAGAGUGGCAGUGUGCAGCUUUAAACCAUUGAUACUGCCUUCAUUAUGUUCUGUACUAUUAAAUUCAUUAACAGUAUUUGUGAAUUAAAAGCAUUGCAGAAAUCAA